CUCUCAGAGUGACAGUGAAACUCUCAGAGUAUCAGUGAAACUAUGGCAGAAGAAGCACCAGCCCCCGCAGCAGCUCCGGCCAAGGCAGCCAAGAAGAAGUCUCCCAAGCCGAAGAAGAGGAGCGGGCCCAGCGUUAGCGAGCUCAUCGUGAAGGCCGUGGGCAAGUCCAAGGAGCGUAACGGGGUGUCUCUGGCUGCCCUGAAGAAGGCGCUAGCUGCAGAAGGAUACGACGUGGUCAAGAACAACGCACGCGUUAGGAUAGCCGUCAGGAGUCUGGUGGCCAAGGAGACCCUGGUCCAGACCAAGGGAACCGGGGCCUCCGGAUCCUUCAAGUUAAACAAGAAGGUCGCAGAGAAGGUCGCCAAGCCGGCCAAGAAAGCAGCUCCCAAAGCGGCUAAGAAGCCUGCAGCCAAGAAAGCUGCAGCGGCCAAGAAGCCCAAAGCAGUGGUAGCCAAGAAGGCAGCAGCCACUAAGAAGUCCCCCAAGAAGGUCAAGAAGCCCGCAGCGGCCAAGAAACCUAAGGCAAAGACCCCCAAGAAGGCAGUCAAGAGCCCCAAGAAGGCCUCCAAGAGCCCCAAGAAGGUGGCCAAAAAGGCUCCAGCGGUCAAGAAAGCCCCCGCGAAGAAGGCAGCCAAGCCCAAAGCCAGGAAGACCGCAGCCAAGAAGAAGUAAGAGGAUCAGAGUCAUCCCUAAAAUAACAAAGGCUCUUUUAAGAGCCACCCACCUCUCCCCUAAGAGCUCUCUCCUGAUCCAUCACAUCAGAUUACAUGAUAUUAUAGAGUUAUAAUGACCUAUAGGCCACUCUAUAUUUGAAAGAAGCGCACUGGAGGUUUACAUCAUUAGCUCACUGAACAAUGUAGUCGCACACAGGGUUGCCAGGUCCACGGUUUCCCGCCGAAUGCGGCAACAUGUUUCAUGUUUUCUAUUGUUGUGUGGAUGUGAGGAAAUGUGAACGAUUAAAGUCAUGUCCGUCUGCA